AUGGCACUUCGACAGGUCCAUACGCUGGACGCUUUCCUCGGUGGUCCAAAGUGUCUAAGAUUACCUCGUCAUGUACCAAAUAGGAUACCCAUCAGACCCCAUAACAAACCCCUCAUUUCAUUCUCUCGAUCCCUUACCACUUCAUCUUGUCUCAAAGGGAUAUUCAGCUCUUCCUCUUCCUCUUCCGACUCUUCUACGCCUCCAACUCCUCAACCAAUCAUAGAUUCCGACUCGCCUCUCACACCUUUCCAAGCCCGUAUAGCCUCAUUGGAAUCUACCGCUCAAAAUUCGCCGGAGAAUCUCGAAGCGCAAUUGGACCUCUUGAAGGAAUUGGCAAACGGAGGGGAAUAUAAUGGGCUGGUAGCUUAUUACCAGGCUAUGGCUCUGGAAGAGAGUGAAGAUGGUACAGUGGGAAGUGUGAACUUGUUGAAAGAUGAACAAGGGUGGAACUUGUUCUUGGAUGGGUUAGCGAGAGUAGGUAGAUUGGGUGAAGCUUCUUCAUUGGUAAGGAAGAGGGAUGGAUUGUUGAAGAAAAUUUUAUCGUCAAAUCCAACUCUAUCGUCGGAAUCAAUCAUAAAUCCUUCCAACAACGGUAUUCCUAGCUCUACAUCGGUUCUUUCUCACUUAUCAUCUUCUACUUCUUCUGCUCAAUCAACUCCCACAUCGACAACUUCGACUUCCCCAUUAUCGUCUUUCCUCUCCUCCUCUUCUCCAUCAUCUGGUAAUUCAUCUUCAUCCGGUACAUCUGCCUCGUCUACAUCCGGCUCAGCCUUGAAUCCUCUCUACGUCCAAAUGGCACCUGCGACUCCUCAAGCCAAUGCAUGGAAAGCCCUCAGAUGGUUAGGUGGAUUCUUACUUUGGGGAUUCAUAAUUUUGACUGUCAUGUCGAUGAUCAUGGAGAAUACGGGAUUACUCAAAGCUGGUCCUGGUCCGGCGGAAUUCGAACCUGAAGAAGGCAAAGUGGUCAAAUUCAGUGAUGUUCAUGGUGUAGAAGAGGCAAAGAGUGAACUAGAAGAAAUCGUCGAAUUCCUUAAGAACCCCGAAAAAUUCUCAAACCUUGGUGGUAAAUUACCCAAAGGUGUUUUACUCACUGGUCCACCGGGAACAGGUAAAACCAUGUUGGCCAGAGCUGUUGCUGGAGAAGCAGAAGUUCCUUUCUUGUUCGCUUCGGGAAGUAGCUUUGAUGAGAUGUUUGUAGGUGUUGGAGCCAAACGAGUUAGGGAACUAUUCGCUGCUGCUCGAAAGAAGGCUCCUGCUAUCGUAUUUAUCGAUGAAUUGGAUGCUAUUGGUUCUAAGCGAAGUGCGAAAGAUCAACAUUACAUGAAACAAACUCUGAAUCAACUGUUAGUCGAAUUGGACGGUUUCGAGCAAUCUGAGGGAGUCAUCAUUAUUGCCGCUACCAACUUUCCUGAAUCUUUGGAUAAAGCUUUGACUCGACCAGGUAGAUUUGAUAGACAUGUCGUCGUUGGUCUUCCUGAUGUACGAGGUCGAAUCGAGAUCCUCAAACACCACAUGGGAGAAGUCGCCUUUGACGUUGAUGUAGAUCCCUCAAUCAUUGCCAGAGGAUGUCCGGGUAUGAGCGGAGCGGACUUGCAGAAUUUGGUUAAUCAAGCUGCUGUGAAAGCUUCUAGGGAAGGAGCGAAGACAGUUGGAUUGAAACAUUUCGAAUGGGCUAAAGAUCGUAUCUUGAUGGGUGCCGAGAGAAGAUCUCACUUCGUCACUGAGGAAUCUAAACGUGCGACGGCUUAUCAUGAAGGUGGACAUGCGCUGGUGGCUUUACAUACGCCAGGUGCUAUGCCUUUACAUAAAGUCACGAUCAUGCCUCGAGGUCAGGCUUUGGGUAUCACCUUCCAGCUUCCAGAACAGGAUAAAGAUUCCUACACCCGCAGAGAAUACAAUGCCAUGAUAGACGUGGCUUUAGGAGGUAGAGCAGCGGAAGAAAUGGUCUUUGGUCAUGAUGAUGUCACGUCGGGAUGUUCGAGUGAUUUACAGAGAGCUACGGAUGUUGCUGCUAGGAUGAUCAGAAGCUACGGGUUCAGUGAUAAGGUUGGAUUGGUAGCUCACGGUGAUGAGGAGAGUGUGUAUUUGUCGGGAAAGAAGAAGGAUGAGAUCGAAUCGGAAAUCAGGAGUUUCUUGGAUACGAGUAUGGACCGAGCUAAAUAUCUGCUGAAGACUCGCGAGCAGGAAUUGCACACACUCGCCAAUGCUUUGGUAGAAUAUGAGACCCUCUCUUUAGAUGAAGUGAGGCAAGUCCUAUCGGGUCAGAAAUUGAACAGACCCACGACAGAAGGUGAAAGUUUGAAAUCCGAGGAAGAAGUCAGGAAUCAGGCGGGUGGCCAGAUUGUCGAUGGUAUAUAG